UGGCACUUCCACCUUUGGGCAUCUUGGCUGGGCAAAUGUAAUAAUUUAGUUGUAGCAACAUUGACGUGGAUAGUUCUACAUUUUUGUUUUGCCCUACGAUACUCAUUAAAAUACAGCAGUGUUGUGCAAUAGAACGAAUGGAAUGGAGUAAAACACAGAUUGCUACUUCCUAGGCUGUGAGCUGUCAUAGCUGUCUUGUUGUUUGGGAUAGCGGUUUCACGGUCUAGCCAGCUGACGUUGUAGUGCGAAGAUCCUUGAAGAUGGGCAACGUAAAAUAUUGUCAUCUUAAGUCGUUAUAGAGUUUCAUCUUUGUAAACUCCCUUUUAUCUUAUUUUUACUAUCACAAUCGACAUGGAUCAAGCAAAUGGAUACAAUUUGUUUAAGAAUACAAACACGUUUAGCUGUCGUCAAUGAGAAAAGGCUAGCAAGCGUUAUCAUUAACGUUAACGUUGCUGCAGUCAUCUAUGCAGUCAACCCACGCUAGCUGGAGGGCUAGGUAGCUUGCUAGCUACCUGAUCUGACAUGUAACUUACGGAAGGUAAUGCUAAGUUACGAUUAAUGAAACGCACCAAUAGCUUUGCUGAAUUAAGAUCCGUAUAGGUGAUCUUUAGCCAUAUGCGCUGCGGCCCAUCCUACGCACCAAAUAUUGCAACGAUCAACGGUGGAUAGGAGGCAAAGACUGCCUGUAGGUUGAGCAGAUUUGGGUGUGGUAACCCCCAGUUCCUCCAAUGAUCCCCAUCAAUUCCAUGAAACCUGGGCUGCCUCCAACACCGCACAGUGACAGCUCCUACCUAUAUGACCCUGCAUCCUGGCAACAACAAAGCAACCAAUCAGCAGGAUCCCUUUCUGUGGUAACCACAGUGUGGGGUGUGAGUAAUCCUACGCCAAAUCAGGUUCUGGGCACUCCUAUUGGACCAGGUGGGAAUCACGUGGGUGGUGCUAUGAUGUCAAGUGGAGGGCCUGGUGUGAAUUCUGCUCAGUUCAUGGGACAGCCGGGUUACCCUGAUGCAAAUAAGGGCUACAUGCAGCAGGGUGUCUAUGGGCGAGGAGGGGGAGGAUACCAAUCUGGACCUGGUUAUGGCGGGAGUUACUCUGGAAAUGGAGGAGGCUCUAUGGGCAUGCCUCCCCAUGGGGCUCGAUCUACAGACUUUACCCAAGCUGCAGCCGCUGCUGCUGUAGCUGCUGCCGCUGCCACAGCAACAGCCACAGCCACAGCAACUGUUGCUGCCAUCCAAGAGAAGCAGAACCAGGAAAUGAACUAUGGCCAGAUGGGCAACCCUGGCCCCUACAGCUCCCAGUUCCUUCCACCCUCUGGAUCUAGAUAUCCCCCUGGGAUGGGACCCUCACGACCACCCUCCAUGGGUUCUGUGUUUGCUCAGGGUCAGAGGAUGCCCCAUCACCCAUCAUAUUCUGUAGGGCAGCAAGGACCUCCACGACUCCCUCAAGGCCUCAAACGGCCCUACAACUCAGAGGGAUAUCCUGGUCCACCAUAUGGUCAAGGGCCAGGACCGGGUCCUUAUCCUGGGCAACCUAUGCAGUACUCUGGUCAGGCUUCCUCCUCUCCCUCCUACCCUGCUGUUCAACAGCAAGGGAACAUUGGACAAUACCCACCUGCACCUGGAAAUCCUGGCCAGUACUACAAAGCAGAGCAGUUCAAUGGACCAGGCAACACAUCUCUGAACACAUUAGCGGGGAGUGCUGGAGGACCAUACAACACAUUUAACCAGGUCACAGUCAAUGGGCCUGGUAGAGCAUUACCCAAUUACCCCAGCUCACCACUGCCUGGAAACCCAACCCCUCCUAUGACUCCAGGCAGUUCCAUGGCUCCUUACAUGUCUCCUGGCCAUGAUGUCAAAUCCCCCUACCUGUCUGAUGUCAAGCCAAAUGUCACCACCUUGCAGCCUCCUGCACCUCCGCCACCCACAGCCAAUCAAGUAGACGAACUGCGGCUUACAUUCCCUGUGCGUGAUGGUGUGGUUUUAGAACCGUUCCGCCUGGAGCACAAUUUGGCUGUCAGCAACCAUGUCUACCAGCUGCGAGAGACUGUCUUUAAAACGCUUAUGAUGAGACCAGAUCUGGAACUGCAGUUCAAGUGUUACCACCAUGAGGAUCGACAGAUGAACACUAACUGGCCAGCCUCUGUACAGGUGAGUGUUAAUGCUACUCCACUUACCAUUGAACGUGGGGACAACAAAACCUCUCAUAAGCCCCUUUACCUGAAGACUGUGUGUCAGCCUGGACGCAACACAAUCCAGAUCACAGUCUCUGCUUGUUGUUGUUCCCAUCUGUUUGUGCUGCAACUGGUUCACAGACCAUCAGUGCAGUCCGUUCUUCAAGGUCUAAUGAAGAAGAGACUGCUGCCUGCCGAUCACUGUAUCGCUAAGAUUAAGAGGAACUUCACCAGUGGCACGAUACCAGGCUCUGUAGGGCCAAAUGGAGAGGACGGAGUGGAGCAGACAGCCAUCAGAGUGUCCCUGCAAUGCCCAAUUACAUUCCGCCGCAUUCAACUUCCAGCACGUGGUCACGACUGCAGGCACAUUCAGUGUUUCGACCUAGAGUCAUACCUGCAGCUGAACUGCGAGAGGGGAACCUGGCGUUGUCCUGUAUGCAAUAAAACUGCAUUGCUGGAGGGAUUGGAAGUUGACCAGUACAUGCUGGGCAUUCUGAUUUAUAUCCAAAACUCGGAUUAUGAGGAAAUUACAAUAGAUCCAGUGUGCAAUUGGAAGCCAGUUCCAGUCAAGCCAGACAUCCACAUUAAGGAAGAGUCUGACGGGCCUAUUCUGAAGCGCUGCCGCACCCUUAGCCCUAGUCAUAUGAUCCUGCCCAGUGUCAUGGAGAUGAUAGUUUCCCUUGGGCCUUCUUCAGGACCUGGACCUGCAUCCACCUCAAGCUCAGGACCCACCCCUUCCUCAUACCCCUCCAUAACAAGUGGAGGGACUGGAGGGGGUCAGGACUACAAUGCUCCAGGUUCAGGAUUCACCAACCAGUCAGGCUUCACAGAAUUCCAGAACUCCCCUGGAACUCCAACCUUGGGAGAGUUUCCCUCUGGGCGCCCAUCUAUGACCUACCAAGCUGACCAUCCCAGAAGUGUCACAACAGAAAAGCAAGCAGGAGUUGCUGCACCCUCACAGGUGGCCCAUUCAGGCAGAAUGGACUCCCACAAUUCAUUGCAGAGGCAGCAACAACAGCAGAGUGUGCACAACAAUGUUGAGAGUUCAGGAGUACCUUUGCCUCCACACACCUCCCAAAAUCCACGGCUGAACCCAGAGGGCUCUUUUGGAUUUGUGGGCCCCUCAGGAGCAGAGAUGACAGAUCCUGCUCUGGAUAAUGUCAAGGGUUUAAUCCAGCCCUUCCAAUCCAGCUGUUCAGACCAUCAUAAGUAGGAUGCUCUGAACCAUCGGAAUAAGUUGCUCCCUGAGUUGACCAAUCCAGACGAGUUGCUGUCAUACCUUGGUCCUCCUGAUCUCCCAAACAACAGCAAUGAUGAUUUGCUCUCUCUUUUUGAGAGCAACUGAAAAGGACUUCAUUCACAUUGUUUUAAGAUCUUCUCAAACCGUCCUCCAACCUAAGUGUGUGUGUGUGUGUGUGUGUGUGUGUAUCUGUGUACCUGUC